UUUGUUCAAUAAUUAUACUCGUAGAAACGCGUAAUCUCAAGAUGAAAGAACUUGUUAUGAGAAUCUUAUGACCAAACCACGCCAACAUUUUUAUAUGAGCUGGUCCAAAAGAGAACUUUCCUAUGCCAAAGUCUCUCUCUCUCUCUCUCUCUCUCUCACGGCAGUUGGUAGUUGCAAGACUCCCCAGAAAAGAAUAUUUCACACAAAAGCCAGCCGUCACCAUGAGUUCUUUAACACUCCAUGAACAACUUCUUGUCUCCAUAGAAACGUCACCCACACUACAUCUCUGCACGUCCUUCCCUUACAUGCCCACAACCAUCUUAGCCCCAGAAAACAGAACGAAAUCUUCUCUCUCUCUUCUCAUAAAGUCAAUCAUAUGACCAUGAACAAAUCGGCAGCCCACUACACAGAUUGAAUUCUGUCUCCUUAAUCCUUAUGACCGGAAAAACACGGUCGAAACCAUCUUCUUUCAGGUUUCUUUCAGUUGCUCUGUGAACAUCAACCAUUGUUGCAUCAAAUGAACAGGAAGCAUCAAUGAAGACUCCACAUUGCUUUCCACUUUCCAUGCCGACCCUCGUCUUCCUCUGCCUACUCCUCUUCGUGUAUUUUGCUUCUGCCCAAGGCGGCGACUUUCCAUCGUCUUCUUCCACCGUAGGGCCUUACAUGCCUCCCGACAUCUAUCUCGUAGAUUGCGGUUCUCCUCAACAGACCAAGCUUGAUGAUGGGAGAAUCUUCCUAUCUGAACGCGAUGCAUCUCCUCUCUUGAGAACCAAGCAAGACGUACUAGCUCAGGUCGAUUCCUUACCCACCGGUGACUCUUCUAGUUAUCCUGCUUCUUCGCUUCCGUUGUACCGCACAGCAAGGAUAUUUCCUGAUGAAGCCAUCUACACAUUCAAGGUUUCUCAUGCGGGCCUCCAUUGGGUCCGUCUCUACUUCCAUCCGAUUCCUUGCCCAACUUAUAACCUCGUAAACGCUGUUUUCACGGUCACAGCCAAUGAACUAGUUCUGUUGUAUGACUUCAGCGUGACGGAUAUUUCUAAAUUGGUGUUCAAAGAGUACCUUAUAAGUGUUACUUCAUCAGAUACAAUGCUCCUCAAAUUUACAUCUGAAAAGUCAUUUUCUUUUGUCAAUGCACUUGAGUUUGUGUCGGCACCAGACUCCCUCAUUUCUGAUACUGCAACUGCAGUUCUUCCACUCGGUGAGUUCACCGGUUUAACUACCUAUGAUUACGAAGUAACAUACCGGCUGAACGUUGGAGGGUCCACUGUAAGUCCUUCUAACGACACACUAUUUAGGACAUGGCAGCCAGACAAUGCAUAUAUGACUUUCGCAGCAGGAGCUCAAAACGUCUCUGUACCUUUUGGCGUAAUUAAGUAUCCAAACUCAGGAGCCACAGCAUAUACUGCUCCUUACUAUGUCUAUGCUACAGCAGACCAAAUGGUAAAUUCUGGGGUAAAUCAGCAGAACUUCAAUCUAACAUGGCAGAUGAGUGUCGAUCCGAGUUUCUCAUACAUGAUAAGGAUGCAUUUCUGUGAUAUAGUCAGCCAAAGCCUCAAUCAACUGUACUUUGACUUGUACAUCAAUGGGUUGAUGGGUGUAUCCGGUCUUGACCUGUCAUCCCUCACAGGAGGCCUAGCAGUACCUUACUAUAAAGACUUUGUGCUUGAUGCCUCAGCAAUAAGAAAUGGCUCCAUCAUGAUUCAACUCGGUCCAGCAGCAACAGUCGACCCAAGCUCACCAAAUGCAAUCCUUAAUGGGGUUGAAAUCCUUAAGAUGAGCAACUCUGCCAGAAGCCUGGACAGUGAUCUGACAGCCGGUUCUUCCAAGGGACCAGGACCUCGAACAAGCAAGAUAAAGAUUAUCGCAGCCAUUGCCCUUGCAACUGGAAUAACAGCCAUGGUCUUGCUUGCCAAGACUUUUCUUGGGCAGAAGAAGAAGAGGCAUCAAUCUUGGAACCACAUGAAGAGCUUCUCAUCAUGGUCCUCCCCUCUCAAUAAUAGCAAGGCUCAUCUCUUGUCCAGUAGAACCAGCUACAGAUCAAGCUUCCUCAGCUCCAGCAAGAGCAAGAGCGGUUUCUCGAGCUUUUUUGCAAGUGCUGGUUUUGGCCGGUUGUUCACCUUCAAAGAAUUACAGGAAGCAACGCAAAAUUUUGAUGAGAAGGCAGUUAUUGGAGUCGGCGGGUUUGGCAAAGUCUACCUUGGAGCUUUGGAAGAUGGAACAAAAGUUGCAAUUAAGCGUGGAAGCCCUUCAUCACAGCAAGGCAUCAACGAGUUCCAAACUGAGAUACAGAUGCUCUCCAGGGUCAGGCACCGUCACCUUGUUUCACUCAUUGGAUAUUGUGAUGAGAACUCGGAAAUGAUUCUUGUGUAUGAAUACAUGGCAAACGGACCCCUCCGCGACCACCUUUACGGUUCAAGCCUUCCCCCACUUUCCUGGAAACAGAGGCUUGAGAUCUGCAUUGGUGCAGCCCGGGGUUUGCACUAUCUCCAUACUGGUGCAGCCCAAGGCAUCAUACACCGUGAUGUGAAGACAACAAAUAUUCUCCUGGACGAGAAUUUUGUAGCCAAAGUUUCAGAUUUUGGGUUGUCUAAAGCAGCACCUAAUUUGGACCAAACCCAUGUGAGCACGGCUGUGAAGGGCAGUUUUGGUUACCUUGAUCCUGAGUACUUUAGGCGACAGCAACUCUCUGACAAAUCUGAUGUCUACUCUUUUGGAGUAGUGCUUUUUGAGGUACUAUGUGCAAGGCCAGCCAUAAAUCCUGCAUUACCAAGAGAGCAGGUCAGCUUGGCUGAGUGGGCAAUGCAGUGGCACAGAAAGGGGAUGCUUGAGAAAAUAAUCGAUCCUCACAUCUCCGGGAAAAUAUGCCUUCAAGCACUUAAGAAGUAUGCAGAAGCUGCAGAGAAAUGUCUCGCAGAAUAUGGUGUUGAUAGGCCUGCAAUGAGUGAUGUUCUGUGGAACCUCGAGUCAGCAUUGCAGCUCGAAGAGGCCUCCGCCUCCCCUGGUUGUGAUCCCCCAGAGGGAGGAUUGCAAGUCUGAGAAGUCUAGCAUACAAGACAUGCUGCCUCUAUUCACCGGCUUUGAAUAGUUUUAAGUUCAUUAUGUAUGUUUUGCCAUGGAGAACUUAAUCCACUCAAACUUUCUUUUGGUAAUCUGAUUCUCGCUUCUCAGUUUCCAUCAUUCUAAAAUUCAUAGAUGCUAUAGCGCUUCCUUCUCCUUGUAUUCCUUCGAGUGAAUAGCCAGAAACUUGGAGAUAAUGUUCUCUGUGAUCAUUGCUUCAACGUCUUUUUACCACUGAUUCAACGAUUACUGAUUAAGCCAUGGCACCU